GUGCCGUUUCCACUGUUAAAGAAGUUGAAGACCGACAAGCUCAACUUCGGUCCAACUUCUCCGUAAAGUUUUACUACAACAUAACUGUGCUGGCUCGUUCACUUACUGCCUCUGGCUGCGCUUUUUGCCCUGCCUGUGAAGUUGGCUGAUCUAGCCCGUGAAGCCUGAACUAUUUAUUGUCCCUUUAUAGAAAGUCUGCACUGGAAUAAACUUUGUGUAGUAUAUUAGGGAAGGGUAUUAAGUGUUAGGAUUAUAAACCAGGAUGCGUGUGAAUGUAGUGGCCUAUGUUGAAGUGUGGUCUUCCAAUGGGACAGAAAAUUAUUCAAAGACAUUUACAAACCAGCUUAUGGAUAUGGGGGCAAAGGUUUCAAAAACUUUUAACAAACAAGUCACUCACGUUGUCUUCAAAGAUGGAUACCAGAGCACUUGGGACAAGGCCCAGAAAAGGGGGACAAAGCUUGUUUCAGUGCUCUGGGUUGAAAAGUGCAGGACAGCUAGCGUGCAUGCUGAUGAAUCCUUAUUCCCGGCAGCUAAUCCCAGCGAGCACACACUGAACUUGCCAAGAAAACGGCGUAAAUGCAUGCAACCCAAAGAUUUUAUUCCUAAAACGCCAGAAAAUGACAAAAGACUUCAAAGGAAAUUUGAGAAAAUGACUGAAGAGCUACAGAGACAAAAGACAGCCCUAGAUGACAGCGUGCCUGUUUUCUUAUUUGAAUCUCAUGGCUCAUUGACGACUAGUGCCUCAGUUAAAAUUAGAAGUCACCGCCAUACAAUGGAGCAGAGGUUACAGGAGAUGAAGGAGAAAAGGGAACAGCUUUCCCCUACCUCUUCCCAGAGGACUGAGCAGGCUCAUGAAAACCCCGACGACUCUCUGUGUGCGGCGUCUUUGGACAUUUCCCGGAAUGCUUUGUGUGCAGAUGAAUCCUUUGCUGGUGGUUUGUACUCAUCUUUGGGUGAUCUCUGUGGAAAACCAGGAUGUGGAAAUCAGGACGGGAAAUUGGGAGAAUUUGUUAAGGAAAUUGAAAGUGAUAUGUGCACUUUCUCACCUGUGCUGAAAACAAGUAAUACUCAUUCACUGGCAUCAUCCAGCCGCCUCGAUGUUACAAAUGGACCAACAAGGCAUGACGCUUCAUAUGGCUCAGGGGAAGGUGUUCAGGACCUCAUCAGACCUCACGAGGAGUCAGAGGAAAAUGGGAAAAGCAAAAAGUCUCAGCCAACGAGAACAUUAGUCAUGACAAGCAUGCCAUCAGAGAAGCAGAGUGUCGUCAUCCAGGUGGUGGAUGCACUGAAAGGCUUUUCCUUGGUGUCUGAAGUCUGCGAGACCACAACGCAUGUGCUGGCCGGGAAGCCGCUGCGCACGUUGAAUGUGCUGCUGGGGAUUGCGCGUGGCUGCUGGGUGCUGUCUUACGAGUGGGUACUGUGGUCUUUGGAGCUGGGUCACUGGAUUUCUGAGGAGCCUUUUGAACUCUCCACCUACUUCCCGGCAGCUCCUGUCUGCCGGCUCCAGCGCCACUUGUCCCCUGGGCAGUACCGCGGAACCCUCUUUGCCGACCACCCCCCGAUGUUCAUCUCCGCAGCCAGCAGCCCCCCCAGGGCCAAGCUGCGUGAGCUGGUCCUCCUCUGUGGGGGCCGGGUCAGCCCGGGGCCACGCCACGCCAGCGUUUUCAUCGGGCCGUACCAUGGAAAGAGGAGGGCCGCUGUCCAGCACCUGUCGGAGAAGUGGGUCCUAGAUUCCAUCAUGAAGCACAAAGUCUGUGCCUUUGAAAGCUACCUGCUUCGUGGGAGCACUGUGGCCGGCACUCGGGGCUCGGAGCCUGGAGAGGAGACACCGGCCCGGAAUGACCCUGCCCGCAGCCCGGCCUGAGAGGCUGCAGCUUCAGAGCCCUCUGCUCGGAGUCCAGAUGGAGGCCAGGCUCUUUCCCCAGGAUGCCACUGUUUGAAUCUCAGUCCUGGUCACGGCUGGGGUCACAGCAUCUUUGUCAUUUGUCAUUAGUGCACUAUUCUCCCAAAUAAAGACGGGAUUCCCUUGAACUGUUUUGUCACUGGGAGCACUUGAAGCCCCUAAGCUUCCUGGCUCAGAAUGAAAUCUCUGGCAACACAUGGAGUACCAGGUGUGAAGAGCAUUCGGGUCACACUCCGCACCUGGGGUUCACACCUGAGUACCCCAGGAAGGCAGGCGUGGGCUGUCCUAGGACGAUGUCCUGUGCCAGCUUGGGGGGCCAGGUGUGCAGAGCUUCGCCAGUAAGGGACGGAGCCCGUGCUCGUGGGGCAGAACCCGUACACCUUGGGACAGCGCUGCCUCCUGCAGGACGGAGACCCGCUGAGGUUCUCUCCCUUCCUGGGUUCUCCGCUGCGAUCCCUCCGGGAGCAGUGUGCUUCCAGGUGGUCCUGCAGGAUGCUCGUCUCCGGGCACCGCUGAGCUCGGAGCCUCGCAGCCCUCAGGUGUCCGAAAGCAUCGCAGCUCCUGCCACACCAGUGCUCCCUCGAGGCUGUGCUCCCUGCACUCGCUCCGGCUGGGGACACAGCAGACACCGCCCUGCCUCAGCCCCAGCCCCAGCGGCCAGGACCUCCCCUAAACACUAAACAUCUCCCGCACCAGGCUUGGCCGGGCUGCACACUCUCCACGUCGCGCAGGCCACCUCGCUGCAGCUCCCCAGAGUCCCGUGCAUCUCUUCCAGUGGGCCUGCGCCCAAAGCCAGAACUCUGCUUUGUUUGUUUGUUUUUAACUUUGAAAGAUAUGAGGCUCUCCCCACAUGUAUUCAAGAUAAAUCAGAGAUUCCACCCAGAGAAAAAGGCAAGGGAAAUUAAAAGCAUACAGAAUGGAAGUAAAACAGUAUUCACAGACCACACAUUAUAUAAAAGAUUAUAAAAAAUCAAAGAAAAAAACCACUAGAACUCAAAUUUAGCAAGAUUACAGUGUACAAAAUCAAUAUACAGAACUAACUGGGUAAUUCUAUGUAUUACCAAUAAGCAGUUUGAAGUUAAGUUGAGAACACAGUUCCUUUUUUAAUAACAAUACAAAGGAAUAACUGGAGAAACAAGUGCUCAGCCUAUAAACGAAACUAUGAAAUGCUGCUCAUAGAAACUGAAGACCUAAGUAACUUCAAGGGUUAGAAGACGUGUUAGUUACUUUGCUCUCCUUGCUGAGUCGGAAUACCGGACACGCAAAGUUAAGAAGGAAAGGCUUAUCUGGCUCACAGCUUGUAGAGGUUUCUGUCCAUAGUCGGCUGCCUCCAAGGCAGAGGCAUCCAGAGGAGAAACAGAGCCAGGAGGUAGCAGAACAACAAGAGUCCUUCUGCCCCUUUAUCUUAUUCAGACUACUUAGGGCGAGUAGCACCCAUGCCCUUAAUCCUCAUGGCUUGGGCCCAGCCCCACCGUGAGUCACUCACAGAGUCUGGAUCCAGCCACCUCCAGAAUGACCACAAGGCCGGGGAUUUAGCUCAGUGGUUCCACCGCCUGCCUCAGAAUGACCACAAGAGGAAGCUUGGGGGACACUGGACACUGACUGUCACAGAGAGCAGUGCUAACUAAUGUGGCAGCUCUUGAGUUAAUCUGCACAUUCAGGAGCCCAUAACAGCAAAGUCCCAGGUGGCUUUUUAUAGUAUUCAAAAAGCUGAUGCUAAAAUUUAUGUGAAAAUGCAAAGCCUCUUGUAGACAAAACAUUUUUAAAAGGAACAAAAUUAUAAAUUUGACAAAGCCUACUAAAACUACAGCAUUCAGAAAUGUGAUAAAAAUGGACAUGUGGAUCAGGAAACCCAGGAAGGAAUGCAGACACAAAUCCUCUCAUUUGGGAUCUGACUUCCAGCAAAGGUGCCAAGGCAGUCAGUGUUGUAGAAUAUUGUUUUCAACAACUGGUUCUGGAGAAAGAAAAUGAUGAAAAUUUCAGACACACUUAGCUAGCAGAGAAGGUGCACACCUGUCAUCCCAGCUAUUCAGGAGGCUGAGUCAGGAGAAUCACUGGUUUGACACGGUUUUAAAGAAAGAAAGAAAAUAGGCCCUUGGGUCCUUAUCUCACACCACACAUAAAAAGGUACUGAAAUGGACCAAAAACCUGACUCAGUGUUUCUCACCUCAGCCCACUCCUUUUGGACAGGAACAGUGUCCGGCACAUGUGCUGGGUGCCGCAGUGACUUUAUCCACAUCGGAUGACCGUAGCACACCCCACCGGGAGUGUCGGCCUGAGAGCUAAAGUGACAGCGUCUGGGAGACAGUGUGGCAGGACAUCGGGCUCAAUUCACAAAACGAGUUUUAAAAGUCAGCAUGGGGACACUCAUUUUUCCGAAUAAACCACGGAGAGAAGAGAGAAGAUGCCUGCAAGUCAUCUAUCUGAUGAAGAGUCUAUCCAGAUUAUUAUGCUCACUGAUAAGAGAAGCAAGGACUACAAGAAAAUACACGACUGGCCGACAGCACCAGCCCAGCAUGUGCAAAGGUGUGAACAAACAGCGUUGUCUACGCCACAGCCCGGAUGCAGGUGCUCAUGGCAGCAUUGGAUCAAACUCGGGAUCUUGCGCUUGUGAGGCGGGUGGCAGAACCAGUGAGCCAAACCCCCAGCCCAGCAGAUUCAUCUCUGAGGAAAGCACAGGACCCAGAGAGUAGAACGAGCCCAGGAGUAGUGCCCUCUGCUAUGGGCCACCCUGCCUUGCAGCCAGCCGAUGAUAGAAUGAAACUGCACAAACUGUGAUCCAAAUAAACCUUUCCUCCUUUAACCUUGGGUGUUGGGUAUUUUGCCUCAGCAAGGAGACACGUACGUUUAGACGGAGUGCAGUGUUUCGCGGUGGUCUCGCUAGCAUCCUUGCACAGUCGUGGUUGCCUGCGCUGUGUCUGAAGGCAGAAGCCAGCU